AUGUCAGACUACGAGCGAACCAUCCUGGAGUUCUACCAGCUUCCAAACCCGUACCCGAACGAAUGGCCCGACGAAAAGAACCAGAGCGGUGGAUCCGACGAUGAGGAGAAGGAUGAGAAGGCGAAGCUGAAUCGCCGCAAGUCGCGAUACCAGGCGCUCGAGCGGGCUGUCAGCAACCGCAACAGCAUGAUUCCCGGCUCGCAGUCCGAGAAGGGCGGCAUUGGCAAUAUUGUCCAGCGAGAUGAACCUGACCCCUUGGGCACCACCGACAGCGUCGUCAGGACUCUCCGCCAGCUCGGAGUGCCGAUCCAAGACGACCCUCGUUUACGCAAUCGGUUCCUCCUCUCCUCUACAACCUUUUCCCCCGCCCUGUUUCUGUCACAGAUGCACGCGACUGCCGACACUCAAAGCUUGCUGGUCGGCCUGGACGUUCUGUCUCAGUCAAUUGAUCAAAAGUCUGCAUCACUUAAGGUCUUGGUGGAAACCAACUUUGAGCGUUUCGUCAAGGCGAAGGCCACUAUAGAUAAUGUCUAUAAGGAGAUGAAGUACCGCGGCGCGGAGCCACCACCGCCGCCAACGACCGGCCGCCCUCGAGGCCAUUCUCGACAUGCUAGCCGAAGCAGCUUCCGCAGCAGCAAUGGCGGCGUCGCCCUUGCCAACAAUCUUGCAUCUCCCACUUCAGACGCCCGGAAAAAGAACGCUCUCGUCAAGGAAAGCGAGUACGGCGUUGCAGGAAUCAAGGCACCUCUGCUAGACGUGUCCGCCAAGGCCGAGGAUGUUUGGGGCCCUGCUCUUGGAGGUCGCGAAAAGGAAGAGAAUCUCAAGAUCGUCUCGGCCAACCUGGAGCAGUUCAAGGAGUACGUGGAAUUGAGCUCCGCCAUCGCGGACAGCAUCAAGCGCCGAGACUACGAGAGUCUCGUUGAAGAAUACAACAAGGCGCGCAAGUUCUCGGACGAUGCGCGCUACCUAGCAGCAAACGUAUCGGCAACCAAUUCAACAGACACACAGCUCUAUCAGAUCGUACUGGCUGCCCGCAUGUGGCACGAUGUUGAUGAGCAGAUUCAAUCGUUCAAGCGAGAUGUCUGGCGAAAGCUUGUCACUCUACACAACGUUUCGAAGGCCGACAAUUUGGGCCAGCAGGACCAGCACAUGGAGUUGAUAAGUCUUCUCUUGGAGUUGGGCGUGGACGACAAUCCGAUCUGGGUUUGGUUACUGAGCCGAUAUGACUAUCUCAAGGGCAAAAUUCAAUCGACGUCGGAUCGUUCCAAGGUUGAAGUCGAAGUGCUGCGUCGCCGGCUGGCAAACGCCGAGAAGCCAGGUCCCCAUGCGGUCGCAUCACACCUCCGUUCACUGGGUCGCGUGGCCGUCGAAAACAAGAUCGCCUCGGCCGACUCAGCUGACGUUAUUGAAUUGUGGGAGAAGAUGCUGGCGUACCUGUCCAAUGUUCUCUCCUCGCAAGGAAUCCUGGGAGAGGUCGUGGAUUUCUGGCAGACUGUACAGGGUUUCUUGGAUGGCAAGAUUCAGCGGACCAUGCCGAUAGGCUACAACGGAGAGUCACAAGAACAUCACCAGUUGACGGAGCAAGGAGCUGAAGACCUGCAGAAAGGCACACUGGAACUUAUCGACAUGAUUCGGGAAACCGUCUUUUCCUUUUUCGCUGGCCCGCCACCAGAGGAUAUCUCGCUUCUAUUCUCGCCCCUACCCAUGUCACCUAAGAGCCCCCCGUCCGCUUCUGCCGGAACGCCAACUGGCAUGCGGGAUCCCCGGCUUAACCUGGAUCCUAAUAGCAUUCCCCCUCCCUCGCCCAAGCGCGGCGAAACCUGGGAAAAGCUGGCCUUUUGGCCUCCGUGGUCGAACUCUGUUAGCGGUGUCCAUUAUCUCUCCAAGAUGCUUGCUCUUGUUGGAUCUGGAGCGUCCGACUUGGCGAGCAUCGGCCCCGUUGUGAAUGGAUCAGAUGCCAGCGUCUUGGACAGGCUGAAGUCGCUGGUGAACGUCUCCCGAGAAAGAUGUGUCACCGCGCUAUGCGCUGCUUGGAAUAAAGACGCCGAGAACAUCAAGUACGUCGAGGACUGGUACCGAUCACCAGAGCUGGGUGACCUCACUCGGAUGCCCUCCAGCUUUGCAGCUUUCGAGGGCGCAUUGCUGGCAGGCAUGCAGAAAAUUCUUUACAUAUCUGAAGCCAUGUCCAAGCCUGGUGCGGGGGAUAUCGUCCUCCCACCGCCUAGUAAGCUCUUGCAGAUGGUGAGAAGCCAAUACGUUACAACGCUCUAUAAGGCGCUGAGCGGUAUGGUGGAAAACGCCGAGAGAUCUGUCAAGAAGGCUGAUGACGAUUGGACGACUGAUAUUGACGGCACUAUCGCCACCACCGCCCCACCCGCCCCUACAGGCGGAAGGGCGACUCUCGAUGCGGGAGACAGGAAUGUCCGUAUGCUCCUCACCCUCAGCAACCUGCAAGCACUUCGAGCCAAGGUUGUUCCGAAUCUUAACUCGCAGUUCGAGAACGCCUUCUCGGUGAAGCUUAGCGACGAGUCCAAGACGAUCAAGGACGUCUUGGGCCAGAUCGAUGCAAGACUCUUCCAAUCAUACACUAGACCAUCGAUAGAAUCGCUCAGGAACAUUGUACGAGCCGGUGUUGCAGCACCUGAUUGGGUUCCCGAGACGGGACAGAAGCCACGAGAGGCGAAUCCCUACGUCUACGAGGCUCUCCUCAGUCUUGUUCUUGUUCACACUCAGGUCUCUACAACAGCCCCGACUCUCACCUCGCAAGUGUUGUCCUACCUGCUCGAGCAAACCAGUCGUGAGCUCCUCGAGGCAUUCCGCACUCGGCAACGGUAUACGCUCGAGGCUCUAAUGCAGGCUACCCUCGACGUCGAGUUUGUGGCCCAGACUCUAAGUCAGUACACAACAGACCGCGCCUCCCAGCUCCAAAGUGAAAUCUAUUCGGAACUUGACGGACGCACCGACAACGACGCGCGCGCUCGGCUGCAAAGUGAACUUCCAGAGAUGCGCAGCGUGCUCAAGCGACUGCGGGAGGCGAGCAAGAACGAAUUUGCGUGCUUCCGCAAGCCGAAGCGUCCUGGCAUGGGUCCUCAGCGCACUGGAACGGGAGAUUCUGCCGCUAGUAUUACGAAGGGCUAG